UACUGUUAUAUAGAUAAUAAAUAAUUGAUAUUUGAAUGAAAUUUGAUAAUGAAAAUGUGAAAACAAAUUUUAGACCAUACGUCUAGACGCAAUAUUUAGAACUUCCUCAUACCAAAUUUGGAAUGAUUUAUAAUAUUAUUUUUUUUUAGCGAAAAAUCAUUGUACAUACACAGAUACAUAUGUGCAUAUUUUCCCACAUGCUUUCCUAUAACGUUAAUCUUAAGGCAGACCAGGCUAUUUGUUAUGUUGAAUGUUAAGGGCAUAUUAUUGAUUCCAUAUACAAUUGUAUAUAAUCAGUAUAGAUGUAUGUAUAUUCACAAUUGUUUUUGCAUACUGUAUGCUAUUGAUUUUCUGCAUGUACAAAUACAUAUGCGAAUAAUUUGAAUUUGAUGAAAUCAAUCACGUUUUCACUGACACAUCAUCAAUCUUCUUAUCAAUUUAGGCGGUACAUAAUUGACUUGCGAAAAAUAUUUCAAGUCAAAAUAGAAAAUAUGUAAGGAUUUUAUUUUUAUUUUUUUGAACAAUAAUACGCCCUGGCGGUGUAUUACGACAAUUCAUUGUCAGUUUAAAUUCAAAUUUUAAACUCGUCGGUUGUGGGUGUUGAGUGACGCAAAAAUCAGACGUCCCAAAAUACCGAUUACUUUUACAAGACCGUCGACAUAAGACCAAUAUCGUCCUCUAUACCGACGAUCGUAGCUACACCGUCCUACAAUCAGUCCACACAAUCGAAACGGCUUGCGCGCACACCUUGCGAUCAGUGCGGUUACCACAACGUGCCCAUCAUGGCACACCCCAUCUCACCGUUAGUACGUUCACAAACCAACCUGGAGCUUGUCAGUACGGGCGCGCGACAAGCUCUGCUACCGGCCAUUGAGUUUCCCAAUCAUGGCAAUGGUAGUGGUGAGAAAAAUGAGAAAACAACAGAGAAGCAAUCGCAUGCACCGCCACCGCCGAGCAGUAAUAGCACGAGUAUACAAACUUUGCAAAUAUCACGACGUCCAUCGUUGCUGUUGCAGGAUAUACUAGCACGGAGGCCAUCGGCGCUGUUUCGCGGCAAGAAGGAAACAAAUGGCCAUGCGUCGAAAAGUCCUUUCGGUCGGUCACUUGCGGACACCGCCGCCACUUCUAUGGUCACAAUCAACACACAUGGUGAUGGCGACGAUCGUCACUUUGCGGCGAAGCAAUCAAAAGUCAAAAAUCGGCGUAAAGGCAAUGACGCUUUGAGUUCUGCUCUAUCUGCAUUUUAUUGUAAAAUUCUAGUUUUGGUGGGCGUGUGUUUGCCCAUUACCGAAGUGAUAUCACAUCAGAUACCCAAUUACGUAUACCAGGGAUUCUAUGUUUAUUUGUAUAUGGGAAGCAUACUUUUUGUUGCGUUUCUCUACGCAACGACAUUACGGAAUCGCACGCUCUUCAAUGCGUUGAAAAAUUUUCAUGAGGAAACCCAAAACAUUCAUUUGAAACACAAAGUCACACAUUUCGGCAGUUUUUAUCUGCGUGUCGGCGCCAUCGCUUUCGCUAUAGGCACAAUGGUUUAUUCGGGUUUGGAAUUCGGUCAGUAUUUUGAAUUGAAUGGCAAAGCCGGUUGCGGCGAUGUCUUCAUUGCAAUCACACCGAUUUGUCGCAUGAUACUCGCCAUCGUGCAAAUACAAUUUAUUUUUCUAAAUACAACAUAUCUGGAUAUGGCCAAGCAUAAGGUCAUCUGUCGUUUUGGGCUUAUGCACAUGGUUGCCACCAAUCUGUGCGAGUGGCUGUAUGUAUUGGUUGAGGAGACCAAACAUGAAAUCUUUCACAUUGGACACCAUGAAAGCGAAGGUACGGAGCCGCUCUUCCCCACCGACGCACACGGAAGCGCGGAUUGGAGUGAUACCAAAGCAUCGCUGGCGCAUACAACACAACACGUUACGGACAGUAUGAAUAACACUAUCGCGACAACUAUACAAAAUGUACUGACAAAUGUGACAAUAGCGUCAGCGGGUAAUGCAACAGCGCAAGUGACAGUCGGUUGUACACGCACCAACAUUAUGGGCGCUUUGGUGCAAGAAGUGGCGCCAUUUCUCUUCCCCUGCACAAUCGAAUAUUCACUCAUCUGUGCCGUUAUACUCUAUGAGAUGUGGAAGACAGUACGCUCCAUUACGGACAUUGAUCGUUCGCGAAAGAGUUCGAUAAAACCGGCACAUCAGAAACCAGCAAAUCAUUUCUCUGUCGAUUGUUCACAAUCGCAUAAGGGUCUCUUCUUCGGCAUAAUUAUGAUUGUAAUGACAAUUAUAUCAAUGAUUAUGUACUUUGUGUUGUACACACAACCCGGCUAUGAAAUGGUGGCAACGCAAGAGGUCACCAUUUGGGAGAUAAUUACCUACUUCAUUUGUACGGCGGCCAUAAUUGCAGGUCUCAUAUUGAUACGCGAUCUGAAAUAUGUACAAAACUCCAGCGAUGAUCAUCACUCCAUGGAACUGGACAAUCAAUUACUGAUUGUAGCGCAAACUGGUGUUUAUCUUUAUGGUAUGUUCAGCAUCUUGGGCAGUUACUUCUCCAAAUGGGACACCGUACCGGAUCGUAUAGAAGGCAUUGUUGCUGAGAUCCUCGGUUUGGCAGAGACCUCACUACAGACUAUGUUUAUCCUGCAUGCCAGUCAUCGUCGUUGUAAGGGUGCCAAACAGGCACGUCGUAAGCCCGGUCGCGAAAUUGUCACAUUUCUGCUUAUAGUAAACAUUGCAAUUUGGUUCAUCAACACACUGAUCAAAGGACGCGCCAUCUUCCGUGAGACAAAUCUGGUGUUCUUUGGUGUUUGGGGUUGGACUAUCAUCACACACAUCUCUAUGCCGCUUGCUAUAUUUUACCGUUUUCAUUCGACAAUAUGUCUUUUCGAAGUGUGGAAAAUCACUUACAAAGCGAAGACACAUUGAAGGAAAUAACUACUACAUAUAUUUUUUGGCUAUUUCCUAAUAUACAUACGACAAAACCUAACCAAAUAAGUUCCAAAAAAACAUA